UUCUUGCAUUCCAGGCAGGUUUGCAAAAUUGCAGACAUGGGUUUUUGGAAUUAGCAGUUUAAUCAAUCAGAGUAAAAGAUGCCGACAGGUGAUUCUAGGAAGGAUUACAUCCUUGCUACAACAGCAAAUUAUUUUGGACUGGGGGUAACUGAUGCAGCGAUCACUGCUCUACAGGAUUCCUCUGCAUUAAACAGCUUCCUUGACGAUGGAAACAUCGAUCUGUGUGCAGGAAGAAUCGAAACCAGGGGAAAUGCCAAGAGACUUGCCUUCACAAAUAAGUUGGAGCCAAAUGAGGAUAAAGAAAAAGUCCUUGUAUUUUUCAAAAUCCGCCCUGAUGUUAUCACUCCAGAUAACCUACACUCAAACACCAUUGUAUCUUCAAUGGUGGAUUCACCCCUAAACACACUGUUUCAUGCUGUGCAGAAAAUCUAUGCACCCUUGAUGUUGGAAGAUGGAAAGUGGAGUCGAACCCUGGACCCAAAGUUACAGAGUUUAAUCAGUGAACUUGAGGCAGGGUUAGGAAGUGCAAUCAGGAAACAAGACCCUUCAUUCAAAGGGAAAGGAGAUAAUGCUGAUAACAUAGGAAGUAUUCUAAGUCCAGUGGAUGAGUUCCAGUAUUGGGGAGAUAUGGCCAGAAGUGAUGAGAGAGCUGCUACUUUUGUGGACCUCUUUAAGCCAAUCAGUAAGGAGUUUGGGGGGCUGGACACCAUGGAAAUGCAGGACGUCAUGGAGAUAGUGGAGGUCGCUCAGGACACACUGGAUGAUGUCUGGAAAUGUCUGGACUUUGAGGCAUAUCCUGAGCCCAGAAUGAGACACCUCAUGGAUAUUAUUGGUGGAAGUCUUGGAAGAUAUGUUCAGAGAAAACUUUCAGAAGUUGACCUUUGGUCUGGGGGUUUUGGAAAGGUCAAGGAGGACUUGAGGUCAGGGGUAGCCAUCUGUGAGAGAUGGGUAGGUGUGUGUGAAACACUGACCACUCAGUUCUGGAAGAGCUUCCGUGCUCAUCCAUGGAGAGGCGAGAAAUUUGUUCCUGAAAAUUUGAAGCAGCUUGCAAAUAGAUUGGAAGAGAUACUUACCCUGAGAAUAGUGCAUGAGCAACAAAUUCGCCUGCUGUCAUCAUCGGAGCAGAAAGACCUCCGUACUUCUGAGGCCUUUCAUCCAUUCAUGGGGCUGAACCCCCUACAGUACAACCCCUACACCAUGCCCCUGUGGAAUGCAGCAGUGGCCCAGUAUGACAAAAUCAUGGCCCCCGUGGAGCAGAAAAUAGCAGGGAAGUUAAGGUCACAGUUCAAAGGUCUCGAUGGAUAUCCCCAGCAGCUAUUGAGAGAGUUUCAAAGAUAUAAAGAAUUGAUAAAAAGACCAAGCAUAAAGAAAGAGAUGGUUUCUGAAAGGGAAACUUUGCUUGGACAACUGAAUGUGAAUUUAAAGGAAACGGAGGAUGAUUUCCAGAAAAGGACUGGGCAAAGAGCUGGUAACAAGGGAAUUCCCAAGGGAAAAAAUCUCCCAGAAAUUGUCAAUGCUAUUGUGUUUGUCAGGCAGUUAGAGGCAAAGACUGAGGAAACCAUUAAGACGGCGGAGACAUUACUGGGAGAUUUGUCAGGAUUUUCUAAAUUCCGUAAGGAAGCCCAGGAACUAUUGGACGAACUACGACAAUGGCGUCAGGAACAGUUUGAUGACUGGACACGAGACAUUAUGGACAUGAUCAGUGACCCUAAGGAACCUCUUUGUCUUGAGACAAAUGGCAGACUGAUGGAGUUGAAUCAUAAGACAGGGAAGCUACAGGUCAACUAUGGUGACCGCCUGGUGACCUUGAUGAGAGAGGUCAGACAGCUGAGUGGAAUGGGAUUCGCUGUCCCCGCCAAAAUCCAGAAUGUCAGCAAUACAGCUCAAAAGUUCUACAGGCACGGGGUCGUACUGAAACAGGUGGCCCAUUUCUACAACACCUUGGACCAGCAGAUGAUUGAAAGCCAGCAACCUAUGAUGUUGAAUUCAGCCAUUGCUUUUGAGAAACUGGUGAAGAAUCCCAAAACAGGUAGCAAAACUAAAGGUGAGAAUGUUGAAAUCACCUGGAAUGACCCAGAGGAACUAGACAACUACAUCCGCAAACUCCAAAAGGCUGCAGAAAGGCUGACCACAGAGAAUAGGAAACUAAGGAAAUGUCACCUGACGGUGUGUGAGAAGGUUCAGACAUUGAUGGGGGUGGACUUACUCAGACAGCAGCAGAAGUGGAAGGACGGGCUAAUGGAAAUCAGACACCUCAUGGCAAAUCUGGUCCAGCAGGGAUUUUCCUCUGACCACAUGCGGCCUUGGAAGGCCCACUGGGACAGACAGUUGUAUAAGGCUUUAGAACAUCAGUAUCAGAUGGGACUGGAGGCUCUUAAUGAGAAUCUGCCAGAAAUCAAAGUGGAACUCACUUACAGACAACAACAACUUCAGUUCCGUCCUCCAUUUGAGGAGAUCAAAGCCAAGUAUUUCAGGGAGAUGAAGCGCUUUAUCAGUAUACCCAACAACUUCAAAGGAGUAGGAGAGGACACCACCAAUCUGAUAUUCCCCGCCAUCAUUGACAGAAACGCCGAGGGAUUCAUCACGUGUUAUAGGAAAGCUGAUGCUCUCUUCAAAAGACUUGAUGCAGCUCAGCAUAAAUUCAAGGAAUGGUGUGUCCUUGGAGCGAUUGACCUUGACCAGUAUGUAGAGGACAAUCUCACUGAUUUGUCAGACUGGGAGAAAAACUUCAAAGGCUUAAAAGCCAGAGGCAGGGAUGCUGAGAAACUUCCAAGUCAAAUCAAAGUGGACUGCAUCACAGUCAAUACAAACCCAGUGAAGGCAGUAAUUGAUGAUCACAUCCAGAGGUUGUUUGAUGCCCUUUUGAACUCUCUGAGGAAGGCCAUUACUUUUGAGGUCAAUGCUAUUGACACUUUCCUCAAGGAAGCCAUGGAGACUCUGUCACAGCGUCCACAAACUGUGGAGGAAAUAGGGGAAGCCAACGGCAAACAUGCUGAAUUCCUCAAGAAAAAGAAGGAGAUCCAGCCCCUGUUUCUGAAGGCUGAGGCUAAGAACAAACUACUGCGGUCAGUGGCUGGUGGAGGAGUAGAUUCCCUGAGCUCUCUCCAGGCAUUCUGGGACAAGUUUGAACUGAUGAUGGAGAGUCAUCAACUCAUGGUCAAAGAGCAGGUUGAGGUGAUGAAAAACAAUGUGGACUCCAGAGUGAAGGCGUUUAUCCAGGAGGUGGAGAAGUUUGCGGCCCGCUGGCAUCAGCUGAAGCCCGGGGAUGACGCACUGGACGGGGACAGGAAGAAAUGUGAGGCGGCGGUACAGGUCAUCAAGGACAAACGACAAGAGUUCGCAGAGCUGGAGAAGACUAGGGAGACUCUGAUACAUGACUGUGAACACUUUGGGAUGGAGCUGCCAGAUCUGGAGAUUGCUAACGAACUGAAGGGAGACAUGGCUAACUAUGAGAGUAUGUGGGGACUGUACGAAGACUUCAACAAUGGUCUCCAGGAACUGGCCAAGGAGGACUGGAUCUCAUUCAGGAGCAAGGCUUAUUUGUUUGAGGAGUUCUUGAGUUCUUGGUAUGAGAAGCUGAAAUCUGAAGAGCCCACCACAAUGACAGUUAGGCUACAGAAGGACAUUGAUAAGUACAAGAAUGUGCUGCCAGUGCUGAAAUGGGUUCGUGGAGAGCCUCUUUCUCAGGAUCACUGGAUGGAACUCUUCCGUCUGCUCCACAUGCCAAGGGGAACCACUCUGGAGAAACUAAACUUUGGACAAGUCCUGAAUGCCAGCGAUGAAAUCAUCAGAAAUGCCGAUGCCUUGAAAGAGUUGAACCAGCGAGCCCAGGGAGAGGUGACCAUUAGGGAGGCCAUCAGGGAGCUGGACUUGUGGGGGGCCGGGGCAGUGUUUACACUGACAGAGUACGAGGAUAGUAAGAAGAACAACAUCAUGUUGAUCAAAGACUGGAAGGACCUCGUCAAUCAGGUCGGAGACAAUCAGGCUCUGCUACAAUCACUGAAGGAUUCCCCUUACUACAAGAGUUUUGAAGACAAGGCCUCGGUUUGGGAGCAGAGGCUGGCAGAUCUGGAUGAGUACCUCCAUAACCUGAACCAGAUCCAGAGAAAGUGGGUUUAUCUGGAACCCAUCUUUGGUCGGGGAGCUCUACCCAAGGAGCAAGGGAGGUUCAAGAGGGUAGACGAUGAUUUCAGGAACAUUAUGAUGGAUGUCCGUAGAGACAACAGAGUUUUGUCAUUGGUCAGUAAGGCUGGACUCCGGAAUCUUCUGACCACCAUGUUGGAUCAGCUUCAGAGAUGUCAGAAGUCACUCAAUGAAUUCCUGGAGGUAAAGUUUACAAUGAAAAGAGCCUGCUACUUUAUUGGAGAUGACGAUUUACUGGAGAUAUAUCCUAAUGUUAUCCAGAUUGAAGAAAUCCACAGUGUGGAGUUUGAUGACAACGCCUCACACAUUCUGGCUAUGAAGUCAUUAGAUGGAGAGGUGGUACCGCUGCUCAAGAAAGUCAAAAUCAUGCCGGAAGUGGAGGUUUGGCUUGGAAGACUUGCUGAUGAAAUGAAGGAAACAUUACAAGAACUCCUAAGGGAAUGUCUGAAGGAUGCCAAGGGAGGCAAAGGAAGUCUGGAUCCAGGGAAAUAUCCAUCUCAGAUUCUAUGCUUAGCUGAGCAGAUCCGCUUCACUGAGAGCUGUGAGCAUGCCAUCUCCAAGAGCUCCCUGGCUCAGUACAACAAGGAGUUAGCCUCCCAGCUAGAGUCUUAUACUGAUGUUGACCUUGGGGACAGUAGCAGUGACACCCAGACACAUGUCCUUGACCUGAAGUUGAAGGCCCUUAUCCUUGACACCAUUCACGCCAUUGAUGUGGUUCAUCAGCUGAUGCAGACCAACACUCGCUCACCUGCGGAAUGGAUGUGGAAUAAACAGCUCAGAUUCUACAUGAACAGGAAAGGCCUGUGUAGCAUACAGAUGGUGGACGCUGAGUUUGAGUAUACUUAUGAGUAUCAGGGCAAUGCCCCUAAACUGGUCCACACCCCACUGACAGACAAGUGCUACCUGACACUCACUCAAGGUAUGCACAUGGGCCUUGGAGGGAAUCCUUAUGGUCCAGCAGGUACAGGGAAGACUGAGUCUGUCAAGGCCCUGGGUGGAUUGUUUGGGCGACAGGUUCUGGUCUUCAACUGUGAUGAGGGUAUAGAUGUGAAGUCUAUGGGGAGAAUCUUUAUUGGUCUGGUGAAGUGUGGAGCCUGGGGCUGUUUUGAUGAGUUUAAUCGUCUGGAGGAAGCCGUGCUGUCAGCUGUAUCCAUGCAGAUCCAGGUCAUACAGGACGCCAUCAAAAACCGGGCCCCCAUGGCGGAACUACUGGGCAGAAAUGUGGAGAUUGAUCACAAUUCUGGAAUUUUCAUCACCAUGAACCCAGCAGGCAAGGGUUACGGAGGUCGACAGAAGUUACCUGACAACUUGAAGCAGUUGUUUAGGCCGGUAGCCAUGUCUAAACCUGACAAUGAACAGAUCGCAGAAGUCAUUCUCUUCUCUGAAGGAUUCAAGGCCGGCAAAGAGCUGGGCAGAAAACUGGUGGCUGUGUUCAACCUGUCCAAGGAGCUAUUAACACCACAGCAGCACUAUGACUGGGGAUUGAGAGCCCUGAAGACCGUUCUAAGAGGCUGUGGAAACCUACUGCAGCAAGCCAAGAAAAAGGAUGCUAAAAUAGACAACAGAUUUGAGGCCAAGUUAGUGGUACAGGCUUUGAGAAUCAACACUUUGUCUAAACUGACCUUCUCGGACUGUGCUCGCUUCAAUGCUCUGAUGAAGGACGUUUUCCCUGGAAUUGAGUUCAAGGACAUAGAGUUUGAGGAACUGGCAGCUGCCAUUAGAUCUGUGUGUGAGGAAAAAAACCUGAGGGUCAAUGAAAUCCAGAUCAAGAAGGCCUUGGAGCUGUAUGAACAGCUGAGACAGAGGACCGGGGUGGUGGUGGUGGGCCCCAGUGGUUCCGGUAAAACCACUCUGUGGGGCAUACUCAGAUCAGGGCUUUCCAAACUUGGCAAGGAUGUCAAAAAGUACACCAUGAAUCCCAAAGCCAUGCACAGGACACAGUUGCUGGGUCAAAUUGAUAUUGACACAAGAGAGUGGACAGAUGGAGUCUUGACCUACAGUGCCAGACAAGUGGUCAAAGAACCUCAGGAGGUGCAGUCAUGGAUUAUCUGUGACGGUGACAUUGAUCCAGAGUGGAUCGAGUCCCUGAAUUCUGUCCUGGAUGAUAACCGGCUCCUCACCAUGCCCUCCGGAGAGAGAAUCCAGUUUGGACCCAACGUUAACUUCCUGUUUGAGACCCACGACCUUAGCUGUGCCUCCCCUGCCACCAUCUCUAGGAUGGGGAUGAUUUUCCUCAGUGAUGAGGACACUGACAUUAAGGCUGUGGUGAACUCCUGGCUGAGUUCCCAACCUGAGAGUGAACAGCACAUCAUGUCUGGCUGGAUAGAGGAUCACUUCUACAAGGCUGUGGACUGGGUCCUCAAGCAGAACGACUUUGUGGUGGAGACGAGUCUGAUCGGGGUGGUUCUGAAUGGACUCUCCCAUCUUCACAAUGUCCGGAACAAAGCUCACUUUGCUGUCUGCUUGAUCCAUGGAUUGGGAGGGAAUCUCAAUGAAGGAAGCAGGGAAGCAUUCGCAAAAGAGGUGUUUACUUGGACUCAGGAGAUGCCUCCAGAUUCUAGACGUCCCCUAGACACGUUCUAUGAUGAAAACAUGGGACGACUGAUGACCUACAGUAUGGAGGCUGUUCGAGACCUGAGUGCUGAUAACUUCACUUCUGGGGGGUCUCUCCCAGUGGUGAGGACGGGGGAUGUACAGAGGGGUCUAGAUUACUUCGCCCCCUGGCUACAGGCUGACAACAAACAGCCCUUCAUUCUGGUGGGACCUGAGGGAUGUGGAAAGGGGAUGUUGCUGAAGCAUUGCUUUGAGCAGCUGAGGUCUACCCAGGUUGCUGUGGUUCACUGCAGUGCCCAGACCAACCCCACACACGUUCUACAGAAGCUGAGCCAGAGCUGUAUGGUGCUGAACACGAACACAGGGCGAGUGUACCGACCCAAGGACUGUGAACGCCUGGUUCUGUACCUAAAGGAUCUCAACCUGCCUAAACCAGACAAGUGGGGGACAUGUCAGCUAGUGGCUUUCCUCCAACAGGUCAUAACAUACAAUGGUUUCUAUGACCACAACUUGGAGUGGGUGGGGCUGGAGGGAGUACAGAUUGUGGCCAGUAUGAAUGCGGGGACAGGCCUGGGUCGACAUAAACUGACCACUCGUUUCACCUCCAUUGUCAGAAUCUGCUGUAUUGGCUACCCAGACAAAGAGCAGCUCCAGGCUAUCUAUGGAGCCUACCUGACCCCCAUACUGAACAGACAACUCGGACGCCACCCAGUGUGGGGCAAUCCUGCCAAAGUGUAUGCCUUAGCUGGAUCCAUGGUACAACUGUAUGACCAGUUGAGGUCAAGGUUCACAGUGGAUGACUACAGUCACUAUCUGUUUACCCCCCGGGACUUGACUGACUGGUGCCUGAGUUUACUGAGAUACGAUCUCAAUGCCGGGGCCAAGGAGGGCUCGAGUGAUCACGUCCUUGAGAUCUGGGCGUACGAGGCUCGGCGCCUGUUCCGAGAUCGAGUCGUCGGAUCAGACGGCCAGAAUAAGUUUGACAGCAUUCUGAUGUCUACUGUCAGAGCUGACUGGUCAGCUAACAUAUUUGACAACUUAGACACUGACUACUUUGUGACUUGGGGGGCUCGCCAUGAGGAUGGAGGACCUGCUGUGGCAGCAGGUGCCCCUCUACCCCCAACAGGAAAACCCCUGGGGAAACUCAACAGUGAUGACCUGACAGCGGUGAUAGAGAGAGGACUCAAACUAUACAGUCGAGAAAACAGAGACUUGGACAUCCUUCUUUUCCGAGAAGUUCUGGAUAACAUUGCCCGAGUGGACAGGGUCCUGACCCUCCCUGGGGGAUCCCUGCUGUUAGCGGGGAGGAGUGGUGUGGGGAGGAGGACUGCAGUUCUCCUGGUGGCUCACAUGCACCAGAUGCAUCUGUUCUCUCCAAAGGUCUCCCGUUCCUAUGGAAUGAAGCAGUUCAAAAAUGAUCUGAAAACUGUGAUGCAGCUUGCCGGUAUAGAGGGAGAGCAGGUGGUGCUUCUUCUAGAGGACCACCAGUUUGUGGAGCCCCAGUUCCUGGAGAUGAUCAACAGUCUCCUGUCCUCGGGGGAGGUGCCCGGGCUGUACUCCCCGGAGGAGUUAGAGCCCCUCCUGUCACCUCUCAGGGACAUGGCCUCAGAGGCAGGCUUCAGGGGGACACUCAUCAACUUCUAUGCCACAAGAAUCAAGACCAAUCUGCACAUAGCUCUGAUUAUGGACUGCAGUAACAAUUCCUUCACCCUGAAUUGUGAGAGUAACCCAGCCCUGUACAAAGAGUGUGCUGUUCAGUGGAUGGAAUCCUGGAGUAGAGACUCAAUGAUCAAGGUACCCUUCAUGCUGCUAACCAAACCUAAAGAAGAUAAAUAAAUAGAGGGAGCCAGUAUUGGGGAGAAGAAGAGGCACCAAAGGAAACUGUCAGGGGGAGAGGAGCUCCUCAAAUCCUUCCUCCACGUCCACGAGUCCUGUGUCCAGGCCAACAUGGGGGCCACUCCACGCCGAUACAUCGCCUUCCUCAACACGUACCAGACGGUGUACAGUAACAAGAAGGCGGGGGUGGAAAAACGACAGCACCACUUACAGGCUGGUGUGUCCAAACUGAAUGAGGCCAAACAGUUGGUGGAUGAACUGAAGAGAAAAGCUGGGGAGCAGAGUGUGUUGUUAGCAGAGAAACAGGCUGAGGCAGACACAGCUCUGAGGGAAAUCACCAUCAGCAUGCAGAAUGCUAGUGAUCAGAAGAAUGAGAUGGAAGAACUAAAGAGACAGGCGGCGGAGGAAGACAAGGUCCUCCAGACGAGGAAGAAGGCGAUCGACAGAGAACUGGCCGAGGUGGAGCCGCUAGUGAAGGCGGCCAAGGCAGCGGUAGGGAACAUCAAAACUGAGUCCCUGUCUGAGAUCCGCUCCCUCAGGGCCCCUCCCGAUACCAUCAGGGACAUCCUGGAGGGGGUGCUCAGGCUCAUGGGGAUCUUUGACACCUCCUGGGUCAGCAUGAAGAGUUUUCUGGCAAAGAGAGGAGUGAAGGAAGAAAUUCAGACAUUUGACGCCAGAAAAAUCACGCCAGAGAUCAGGAAGGGAGUAGAGGCCCUGAUCAAGAAAAGCAAAGACUCGUUCGAACCUGCGGUUGCUAAGAGAGCCUCCGUGGCAGCUGAGCCUCUUGCGGCAUGGGUGAAAGCAAAUGUACAAUUCUCAUAUGUACUGGAAAAGAUUGAACCUCUGGAAAAUGAACAGAAUGAGCUCAUCAGAAACCUCAAGAAAGCAGAAGGCAGAAUGGAUAAGCUGAAGAGAGCUUUAGAUGAAGUUGAUGCAAAAGUUGCCUCCCUUAGAAACAGGUUUGAGACCUUAACCAAAGAGGCAGCUGAACUGAAGAUUAAGCUGGACAAGGAGAAUGAGACGAUCCAGGCGGCAGAGACCCUAGUGACAAAACUGGAAGGGGAAUAUGAGAGAUGGAGCAGACAGGUGGGAGAACUGUCUGACGAGUUGAAGGAACUCCCAAAGAGAGCCCUGCUGGCCUCGGCCUUUAUCACUUACCUAGCCCAGGCCCCCGAGGAUGCCCGAAGGAACUUCCUGAACAGCUGGUCGGAGGCUCUGGGGAUACAGAAUUUUGACUGUCGUCGAUUCCUCAGUACCGAGAGUGAACAGUUAAUCUGGAAAGCAGAGGGUUUACCCUCCGAUGAACUGUCCAUGGAAAAUGCCUUAGUCAUUCUUCAGAUCAAUGAUAUACCAGCAGGGAGUACAUUGAGGCCAUUCCUAAUUGACCCCUCCUCCAGAGCCACUGAUUGGUUGAAAACUCACCUCAAGGAGAACCGAUUGGAAGUCAUCAAUCAACAGGAUGCCAACUUUACAACAUCUCUCGAGCUUGCAGUCAGAUUCGGAAAAACUUUGAUCAUACAGGAGGUGGAUGGUGUGGAACCGAUCUUGUAUCCGUUGUUACGUGGUGACCUUACAGCUCAAGGUCCCAGGUAUGUUGUUCAGAUUGGGGAGAAGACGAUUGAUUACAAUGAGGAAUUCCGACUUUUCCUGACCACCAGAAAUCCCAACCCUGAAAUCCCUCCAGAUGCGUUCUCCAUCAUUACAGAGGUCAAUUUCACCACCACCAGGGCAGGGCUCACAGGACAGCUGCUAGCAGCCACUAUACAAAAUGAGAAGCCAGAACUGGAAGUUAGGAAGACUGAGUUAUUGAAGACAGAGGAGGAUCUAAAAAUUCAGCUGGCCAAAAUGGAGGAAUCCUUGCUAGAAGAAUUGGCCAAUGCCAAGGGAAACAUUCUAGAAAACAAGGAGUUGCUGGACUCUCUGAAUAAGACCAAGGCCAGCAGUAUUACGAUUACCGAGUCCCUGACAGAAUCUGUACGGCUACAAGCUUCACUGGACCAGGAGAGAAACACUUACCUGCCUCUAGCAGAGAGUGGUAGUAGGAUGUACUUUGUCAUCAGCGACUUGGCUAAAAUCAACAACAUGUACAGGUUCAGUCUGGCUGCCUUUCUUAGAAUCUUCCAGAAAGCUCUCAAGACCAAACAGGACGGUAGUGGAACUGACCAUAGAAUUCGAGCCCUCACUCAAAGACUACAGAACCUGGUGUAUGAAUACGUCUGUCGCUCACUGUUCAAAGCAGACCGACUCAUGUUUGCCCUCCACAUGGUGCAUGGAAUGAAACCAGAGAUGUUUGAUGAAAAUGAAUGGGAGGGUUUCACAGGAAUCCUGGUGUCUGAUGUGAAGUCGGAGGGGGGCCGGGGAUUACCCUCCUGGGUGGAUCAGGAGAGGCACACUGCUGUCACCAAUCUCAAGAACAAUUUCCCUAAGUUGUACCAGGUGCUGAACUUUGAUGAUGGGUCUCUGUGGUCUAACUUCUCCCGCAGUAACGAGUGUGAGAAGGAGUUCCCCUCGGUGAUCGAGAAGCGGGUCACUCUAUUCCAGCAGUUACUGGUAGUCCAGGCAGUCAGACCAGACAGGCUACAGACCGCCAUGGGACUGUUUGCCUGCAAGGCUUUAGGAAUGAAGGAGCUUUCUCCCCCUUCUGUGAAUCUCAAGCGGCUCCUGGAGACAGAGACUUUGCCAUCAGAGCCUAUUCUGAUCAUUAUCUCCCCUGGCGCUGACCCCUCACAAGAGUUACAGGACUUGGCUGCUCAGACUAUAGGUGGCGACAAAUACCACCAGGUUGCUAUGGGUCAAGGUCAAUCUGACAUCGCUAUGCAGUUGUUGAGGGAAUGUGCUCAGAAUGGAGAAUGGCUGUGUCUGAAGAACCUCCAUCUUGUGACAGCCUGGCUUCCUCAGCUUGAAAAGGAAAUUAACACACUGAAGCCACAUGAAGAUUUCAGACUCUGGAUGACUGCAGAAGUGCAUCCUAAAUUCCCCACAAUUCUCCUACAGAGCAGCUUGAAAAUCACUUAUGAGGCUCCCCCCGGAGUAAAGAGAAACUUGAUGAGAACCUAUGAGUCCUGGAGCCCUGAGUACAUCAGUAAGACCGGCAGUGUCCUGAGGGCCCAGGCUCUGUUUGCCCUGGCCUGGUUCCAUGCUGUGGUACAGGAACGCAGAAUGUACAUCCCACAGGGUUGGACAAAGUUUUAUGAGUUCUCACUGUCAGAUUUGAGGGCUGGUGCAGACAUUAUUGACAGACUAAUUAAAACAGGAAAUGACCAGGAAUGGAAGUUUGUUCAUGGUCUAUACGAGUUUGCUAUCUAUGGUGGUAGAGUGGAUAAUCCAUUUGAUCUACGAGUUAUGGUGUCAUACCUUAAGCAGUACUUUGAUGCUAACAUGUUGGCUCAAGGCAGAAAUAAGCGAUUAGGACCUUUGAAGUUGCCAACAUCUACUAAUUUUAGGGAUUAUAUUGAGGCCAUUGAUGAGCUUCCAGAAUUUGACAAACCUUCAUACUUUGGCUUGCCAGAAAACAUUGAGAGGUCAGCACAAAGAAUAAUAAGUGGACAGGUCAUAGGUCAACUCAAGGUAUUGCAGAGGGCAGAUGCCAAGGCCAACAAGUUUGAUAAAGAAAUCUGGGCCACAGAACUUGGACCUGUGCUUAACUUGUGGAAGAAGCUUAAUCAAGGCUCUCAGCUGAUCAACUCCAAAAUCAAACCUCCUAGUGAUAAAACAGGCCAGGAGGCUCCCAUCAUCUCUUUUAUCAAACUGGAGCAGUAUAAUGCCAUCAAGCUGGUCCAGAGUAUCCACCAAUCGCUGGCCGCUCUCAGUAAGAUUAUCAGAGGAACCAUGUUACUUACCAAGGAGGUGCAAGACCUAGCAGCAGCUCUUCUGAAUCAGGAGACCCCCCUGAACUGGCAGUCUAAGUGGGAUGGCCCUGAGGACCCCAUGCAGUACCUGAGGGGACUGGUCAGUAGAGCAACAGCCAUACAGACCUGGGUGGACAAGGCUGACCAUGGAACCUUAUUGAGGGACACACUAGACCUGUCUGAACUGUUCCACCCAGACACUUUCCUCAAUGCUCUCAGACAGCAGACAGCUAGAGAGGUGGGUUGUUCUAUGGACAGUCUGAAGUUUGCUGUCAGCUGGAGGGGAGGGGUACAGGGGGCUAAGACCCAGGUGAAGAUAGGGGGACUACAGCUGGAGGGCUGCAGUUUUGAUGGAUCCAGACUCUCAGAGAACCAGAGGGACUCCCCCAGUGUGUCAGCAAUCCCCCCGUGUCAUGUGGCCUGGAUACCAAAAGAUGCACCCGAUCCCUAUGGCCUAGAUGAUGUGAUUUCCAUCCCUGUGUACACCAGCAGUGAGAGGGACCACAUCGUAACUCGUAUGGAUGUCCCGUGUGGUGGUAACCAAGGACUGUGGCUACAGUGUGGUGCCGCCCUCUUCCUAAAGAGCACUUAGACUAUUUAAUGGCCCAUGUGGCUCCUUUGUCAAUUUUGACUGCAGAAAUUAAGACUACUUUGUGACUGAAGUUUUUGAGAGAUUACAAUUUUUAAAACAAAUUAAGGUUGUACUAAAUUGUUAACGGACUUAAAUAGACGUUUACUAUCCGUCCA